GGGUUUAGCAUGGACCGUUUGUGGCACUGAGAGAGACGAAGAGACGGAGAGAGCAUGAUCACCUCCUCUGUUCGCUCAGUGGUGAGGAACAAAGCCCUGAGGGCCUCUGGGCCUGGAGAUGGAUGGAUGAAGGGAGAGGCUGAUGGGACGGUGGACAGAUGGAUGACUGGUGGGACAGGGCAGAGAGACGGAAGGAGAGAGGGAUGCAGUGGACGAGUGAGGAGUUUUAAUGAGAUUCCACACACGGGCCGUAAUGGCUGGAUCAACCUUUUGCACUUUUGGAGGAAUGGAACGUUCAGCCACCUUCACAAACACAUGGAGCUAAACUUCAACACACUCGGCCCCAUCUACAGGCAGUACCUGGGCUCUCAGUGUAGUGUGAACAUUUUGUUCCCGGUUGAUAUCGCUGAACUCUUCCACUCUGAGGGACCGAAUCCACGCCGUAUGACACUGCAGCCGUGGGACACACACAGAGAGACACGCAAACACAGCAAAGGGGUCUUUCUCAAAAAUGGUAUUGAGUGGCGCUCUGAUCGGUUGUUGUUGAACCGCGAGGUGAUGUUGAGUUCAGCUGUACGCCGUUUCUUGCCAUUGCUAAACGAGGUGGCACAGGAUUUUUCUCGUGUCCUGCAGCGUAAAGUCCACGCUGAGGGAAAGAGAGAGAAGGACGCACACAUAUUGACCUUCGACCCCAGCCCUGAGCUUUUCCGCUUUGCUCUAGAAGGUUGGUGUAUGUGCCAGGCUUGUUCAAGUUGUCAUGUUCUUUAUGGUGAGCGUAUUGGGCUGUUUUCGUCUGAGCCGUCUCAGGAGUCUGAGCGAUUUAUUUGGGCAGUGGAGCAGAUGUUGAACACAACUUCUCCCCUCCUCUAUGUGCCCCGCUCACUGCUCCGCUUCCACAGACCCCUGUGGACACAACAUGUAACUGCAUGGGACCACAUCUUCAGCCAUGCUGAGGAAAGGAUCCAGCAUGUGUAUGAACGUCUUCAGGCUCGAGGGGGCAGUGUGGAGGGACCAGCAGAGAGCUCACAGUUCCCCGGAGUGCUGAGGCUGCUGAUGGAGAGAGGAGAACUUCCUCUAGAGCUCAUCAGGGCUAACAUCACUGAACUGAUGGCAGGAGGAGUCGAUACAACGGCGGUUCCUCUACAAUUUGCAUUGUUUGAGUUGGCACGUAACCCUGAUGUUCAGGAGCGUGUGCGUGCCCAGGUGCAGUCGUCAUGGUUACGGGCAGAGGGGAAUCCUCAGAAGGCUUUGCAGGGGGCACCGCUGCUCAAGGGUACAGUGAAGGAGACACUCAGGCUGUACCCGGUGGGGAUCACAGUACAGAGAUAUCCAGUCAGAGACAUUGUGCUACAGAAUUAUCACAUACCUGCUGGGACUCUGGUACAAGUGUGUCUGUACCCUCUGGGGCGGAGUCAAGACGUAUUUCAGGACCCUCUAAUCUUUGACCCUAGUCGUUGGGCUGUAGCUGAGGCAGGAGAGGGGCGUGGCAGAAAUGUCACAAAGGAGACAGGCUCUGGUGCAGGGUUUCGGUCCCUGGCAUUCGGCUUCGGGGCGAGGCAGUGUGUGGGGCGGAGAAUCGCUGAAAACGAGAUGCAGCUCGUUCUUCUGCAUAUUCUGAAGAAUUUCCGUUUAAGUGUUUCAUCCAAAGAGGAGCUCAGCACCAAAUACACACUGAUCCUCCAACCGGAGUCUCCACCUAUGAUCACCUUCUCCACACUCACACACUGAUCACCUCAUAACUGUUCACUCACUCCUCAGUCAGUCAGGACAGUUAAUGAGUUCAUAAUCAAAACCUUUCUCUCUUCCUGAUUCACCUGCUGUGUGGUGUCUUCUCUGUGUUUAUUAGUUACACACACACACACACACCUGUACACAUCGAUACACACACACCUGUACACAUCGAUACACACACCUGUACACAUCGAUACACACACCUGUACACAUCGACACACA